CUGGCCAACGAGAACUGCCUGGAUGGAGGAAAGGCUUGGCUUAAUUCUCUUUUCCGCUUUGGGUUGCUCCAGAUUUUUUGGGUUUUUUUGAACCUUUUUAAAACGCUGGGGUUGUUGGAGUGGUUGAAUUUUUCCUGGCUUUGAGUGAGAAAUUCAGAAGACUGAAGCCCAGGCUCACUGUCUACCUUUCACGGAGGCCCAGCCGUGAGAGGACAGAAGAAGGCACGUGGCGAAUCAUGACAGCGGACAAGGACAAAGACAAAGACAAGGACAGGGACAGGGACCGGGACAAGGAGCGGGACAAGCGGGACAAGGCUCGGGAGGGCGAGAGCUCCCGGCCCCGGCGCAGCUGCACCCUGGAGGGAGGCGCCAAGAACUACGCGGAGAGCGAGCACAGCGAGGACGAGGACAACGACAACAACAGUGCCACCACCGAGGAGUCGAGCAAGAAGAGCAAGAAGAAACCGCCCAAGAAGAAAUCGCGCUACGAGAGAACCGACAACGGCGAGAUCACGUCCUUCAUCACCGAGGAUGAUGUGGUGUACCGGCCUGGAGAUUGCGUUUAUAUCGAAAGUCGGCGGCCGAACACUCCCUAUUUCAUCUGCAGCAUUCAAGACUUCAAACUGAGCAAGAGGGACCAUCUGCUGAUGAAUGUGAAGUGGUACUACCGCCAGUCCGAGGUGCCCGACUCCGUGUACCAGCACCUGGUGCAGGACAGGCACAACGAGAACGAUUCGGGACGGGAGCUGGUGAUCACAGACCCGGUGAUCAAGAACCGGGAGCUUUUCAUCUCCGACUACGUGGACACGUACCACGCUGCUGCCCUGAGAGGGAAGUGCAACAUCUCUCAUUUCUCUGACAUAUUUGCUGCUAGAGAGUUCAAGGCACGAGUGGAUUCAUUUUUCUACAUCCUGGGCUACAAUCCAGAGACAAGGAGGCUAAACAGUACCCAGGGUGAAAUCAGAGUUGGACCCAGCCACCAGGCCAAGCUGCCCGAGCUGCAGCCGUUCCCUUCCCCGGACGGGGACACGGUGACACAGCACGAGGAGCUCGUGUGGAUGCCAGGAGUCAACGACUGUGACCUGCUCAUGUACCUCAGGGCAGCCAGGAGCAUGGCAGCCUUUGCAGGGAUGUGUGAUGGGGGAUCCACGGAGGAUGGAUGUGUGGCUGCCUCCCGGGACGACACCACCCUCAACGCCCUCAACACACUACAUGAAAGUAACUACGAUGCUGGAAAAGCCCUGCAGCGUUUGGUGAAGAAACCUGUGCCAAAGCUGAUUGAGAAGUGUUGGACUGAAGAUGAAGUGAAGCGGUUUAUUAAGGGGUUGAGGCAGUACGGCAAGAACUUCUUCAGAAUCCGAAAGGAGUUGCUUCCCAAUAAGGAGACCGGAGAGCUGAUCACCUUCUAUUACUACUGGAAGAAGACCCCCGAGGCAGCGAGCUCUCGAGCGCACCGGCGGCACCGGCGCCAGGCCGUGUUCCGCAGGAUCAAAACCCGCACGGCCUCCACCCCGGUCAACACCCCCUCCCGGCCCCCUUCCAGCGAGUUCUUGGACCUGAGCUCGGCCAGUGAAGAUGACUUUGACAGCGAGGACAGCGAGCAGGAGCUGAAGGGCUACGCCUGCCGCCACUGCUUCACCACCACCUCCAAGGACUGGCACCACGGCGGCCGGGAGAACAUCCUGCUGUGCACGGACUGCCGCAUCCACUUCAAGAAGUACGGGGAGCUGCCACCCAUCGAGAAGCCCGUGGACCCCCCUCCCUUUAUGUUCAAGCCUGUGAAAGAGGAAGACGAUGGCCUCAGUGGGAAGCAUAGCAUGAGGACACGGCGGAGUCGAGGCUCGAUGUCGACCCUACGCAGUGGCAGGAAGAAGCAGGCAGCCAGCCCCGAUGGCCGCGCCUCCCCCAUCGCCGAGGACGUGCGCUCCAGCGGCCGCAACUCGCCCAGCGCCGCCAGCACCUCCAGCAACGACAGCAAGGCCGAGUCUGUGAAGAAAUCCACCAAGAAGAUAAAAGAAGAGGUGUCUUCUCCUCUCAAGAACUCCAAGAGGCAGCGGGAAAAGGCAGCAUCCGACACGGAGGAGCCUGACAGGUCCAAUGCCAAAAAGUCCAAAACUCAAGAGAUCAGCAGGCCCAACUCCCCCUCGGAGGGAGAGGGCGAAGGCGAGAGCUCCGACAGCCGCAGCGUCAACGACGAGGGGAGCAGCGACCCCAAGGACAUCGACCAGGACAACCGCAGCACGUCCCCCAGCAUCCCCAGCCCCCAGGACAAUGAGAGCGACUCGGAUUCCUCUGCUCAGCAGCAAGUGCUGCAGGCGCAGCCGCAGGUGCUGCAGGCCCCGAGCAGCGGCUCUGCCCCGGCCGCCGCUCCCACGGCUGCGGUGCCGGCCCCGCUGCCGGCGCUGCCGCCCGCGUCCAGCGCGGCCCCGGCUCCGGCCCAGGCGUCCCCGCCGGUGUCGCAGCCCUCGGGGCAGGCGCAGCCCCCCGCGCCCCCCGCUCCCCACUCGCACAUCCAGCAGGCCCCGGCGCUGCACCCGCAGAGGCUCCCGUCCCCUCACCCUCCCCUGCAGCCGCUGAGCGUGCCGCAGAGCCAGCCCCCGCCGGCCCCGGCGCAGCCCCACGCUCAGCCCUCGCUGCACGGCCAGGCCCAGCCCGCCCCUCACAGCCUGCCGGCCCAGCCGCUGCUGCCCCACGCCGGGCCUGCCCAGCCCUUCUCCCUGCCCGCCCCGGCAGCUCAGUCUCAGGUGCCCCUCCAGACACAAGCCCCGUCCCAUUCGCACUCGGGGCUGCAGGUGACGCAGCCCGUCCUGCCCAGCUCCACCUCGCUGCAGCCGGCGCAGCCUCCCCGUGAGCAGCCGCUGCCCCCCGCCCCCAUGGCCAUGCCUCACAUCAAACCUCCCCCGACCACCCCCAUCCCGCAGCUGCCCACGGCUCCGGCCCACAAGCACCCUCCCCAUCUCUCUGGGCCGUCUCCCUUCUCCAUGAACUCCAACUUGCCUCCUCCGCCCGCUCUGAAGCCUCUGAGCUCGCUCUCCACUCACCACCCUCCAUCUGCACACCCUCCUCCCCUGCAGCUGAUGCCUCAGAGCCAACCGCUGCAGUCCUCGCAAGCCCAGCCUCCCGUUCUGACCCAGAGCCAGAGCCUUCCUCCUCCUGCCGCUCACCCCCCCUCUGGACUCCAUCAGGUUUCCUCCCAGCCUCCCUUCUCUCAGCACCCCUUUGUGCCCGGGGGUCCCCCUUCCAUCACGCCUCCUUCGUGCCCCUCCACUUCCACGCCGCCCACCGUGCCUGGCAUCCCUCUGCAGACCCCCAUCUCCACGUCAGCCGCUUCUAGUGGGACAGUGCCCGUGGUGACAGCCUGCACGCUGCCACCCAUCCAGAUCAAGGAGGAGGUCCCAGAUGAGGCUGAGGAGCCGGAGAGCCCUCCACCCCCACCCCGGAGCCCAUCCCCAGAGCCCACGGUGGUGGAUAUCCCCAGUCACGCCAGCCAGUCAGCCAGGUUCUAUAAGCACCUGGACCGUGGCUACAAUUCGUGCUCCAGGGCAGACCUGUACUUCAUGCCUCUGGCAGGAUCCAAACUGGCCAAGAAGAGAGAAGAGGCCAUUGAAAAGGCCAAAAGGGAAGCGGAGCAGAAAGCCAGGGAAGAGAGGGAAAGAGAAAAAGAAAAAGAGAAGGAAAGAGAGAGGGAGCGUGAGCGUGAGAGAGAAGCGGAAAGAGCUGCGCAGAAGGUGUCCAGCUCCUCCCACGAGGGCCGCCUGGGCGAGUCGCAGCUCAGCGGGCCAGCCCACAUGAGGCCAUCCUUCGAGCCCCCCCCGACCACCAUCGCGGCCGUGCCCCCGUACAUCGGGCCGGACACGCCGGCGCUACGGACGCUGAGCGAGUACGCGCGGCCGCACGUCAUGUCCCCGACCAACCGCAACCACCCGUUCUUCGUGCCCCUGAACCCCACGGACCCGCUGCUGGCCUACCACAUGCCCGGCCUCUACAACGUGGACCCCGCCAUCCGCGAGCGGGAGCUGCGCGAGCGCGAGAUCCGCGAGCGCGAGAUCCGCGAGCGGGAGCUGCGAGAGCGCAUGAAGCCCGGCUUCGAGGUGAAGCCGCCGGAGCUGGACGCGCUGCACCCGGCCACCAACCCCAUGGAGCAUUUCGCCCGCCACGGGGCACUGACUAUCCCACCCACGGCGGGGCCUCACCCCUUCGCCUCCUUCCACCCGGGCCUGAACCCUCUGGAGAGGGAGAGACUGGCGCUGGCGGGGCCGCAGCUGCGGCCGGAGAUGAGCUACCCGGACAGGCUGGCGGCCGAGCGCAUCCACGCCGAGCGCAUGGCCUCGCUCACCAACGACCCCCUGGCGCGGCUGCAGAUGUUCAACGUCACCCCCCACCAUCACCAACACUCACACAUACACUCACAUCUACACCUACACCAGCAGGACCCCCUACACCAAGGCUCAGCAGGACCUGUCCAUCCACUGGUGGAUCCUUUAGCAGCUGGACCCCACCUGGCACGUUUUCCCUACCCACCUGGGACCAUCCCCAACCCAUUGCUAGGGCAGCCACCUCACGAGCAUGAAAUGCUCCGACAUCCAGUCUUUGGAACUCCUUACCCUCGGGAUCUGCCUGGAGCCAUUCCACCUCCCAUGUCAGCAGCCCACCAGCUGCAGGCCAUGCACGCCCAGUCGGCAGAGCUGCAAAGACUGGCAAUGGAGCAGCAGUGGCUGCACGGGCACCCUCACAUGCACGGUGGGCACCUACCCAGUCAGGAAGAUUACUACAGUCGACUGAAAAAAGAAGGCGACAAACAGUUGUAAUAAAUUAUUUAUUUGUAACGCUGGCUAUGGAAACCCCAGUCCUUGGGAAGGAGUGGAACAUUUUUACAUACAAGAAGAGCUACAAAAGGAAAAGAAUAUCUUAUAAAGAUUUCUUUAUAUAUUUAAAACAGAAGCAACCACCCAACAAGUAGAGACUUAUCAGCAUAGUGUUCAUUUGUAGAGAAGAUUUCUCAAGACUGGUGUGGGUCUCCCUGCAUGAAAACGUAUUCAGAAGCCUAUUGGAAAUACAGGACUGUGUGGAAUAUUCAGAGAACUUCCUGCAAUCUUGGUUUUUUUUUUUUUGUUGGUUUUUUUUUCCUUUUCUUUUCUUUUCUUACUAGUUUGUUUUCAGUAGGUGCUAGAAUCAGGUUCACAACACAAGUCACUGUGCGUGAAGGGACACUCAAUGCAUCUAUAGGUAAUUAAAAAAAAAAAAACAAGGAUUGCAAGUAGGUGACAUAACAAGCUCUGAAUCCAAGUGCUAUAAUAAUAAAAAAAUCUACUUUUAUUUUAAUACAUUGUAGGAAAUCUUCAUAAUUUUAAAGAGAGCUCAGUUCUGCAGCAUGGCUUUUUAAGUCUGUAAAUAACUUUUUUUGGGUAGAGGGGAGAAACAAAACAAAACAAACUCCAGAAACGUUUAUCUUGAUUUUCAGUAACAUCACAAAUUGUGAAUUCCUACCUGGUAUUGACAGAAUACAGAGUUGAUUUUUUAAUAAAAUAUAUAUAUAUAAUUAUCCCUUUAAUUAAAGGGAAUGAUGAGUAUCAAUAAUUUCAAAUGGGUAAAAGCUUGAAAUUUGGUUUGAUAUCAACAAUAAGCAUUAAAGGGAUUUGCAGGGAUAAUGUUGCAAAUGACUGUUUCUGUUCUUGGUUUUUUGGUUGGUUUGGUUGUUUGGGGGUUUUUGUUCGUGUUCCAUCUCUCUGUUCUGCAGCUGGUUUUGUUGAUUUGGGUUUCUCAGCAGCUCAGAUGUCCCUUGGACCUCGCUGGCCCUUUUGAUGCCACCUUCAACGGUUCAUUUUCAGUGUGGCCAUAAAACACUUCGUUCCUGUGACCUUUUGAAACUUAAUCUAGCUCCAUUGGGUUUAGACUUUGGGCAGAAAGUUCAGAGAAAUAAUCUGUUCU